AUGAAAUUCUAUUCUGUUCUCCAGACAAACUCAAGUUUGAUUGAGGGUCGCUGGCAGCUCAUUUUUACUACAAGACCUGGAACAGCAUCGCCUAUUCAGAGAACGUUUGUCGGGGUUGAUUUUUUUAGUGUAUUUCAAGAGGUUUAUCUUCGAACGAAUGAUCCACGCGUAUGCAAUAUUGUGUCAUUUUCUGAUGCCAUUGGUGAGCUCAAAGUGGAGGCAGCAGCAUCCAUCAAAGAUGGAAAAAGAAUCCUUUUUAGGUUUGACAGAGCUGCCUUUUCUUUUAAAUUUCUUCCAUUUAAAGUUCCAUAUCCAGUUCCAUUUAAGCUACUUGGAGAUGAAGCAAAGGGCUGGUUAGACACCACAUACUUGUCGCAUUCCGGAAACCUACGCAUCUCAAGAGGAAAUAAGGGAACCACAUUUGUGCUGCAGAAGCAAACUCAACCUAGACAAAAGUUAUUAACCGCCAUUUCGUCGGGGGUGCGUGUUAGAGAGGCAAUAGAUGAACUCAUUUCCUUAAAUAAGAAAUCUGAGGAUAAAGAGCCAGAACUAGAAGAGGGUGAGUGGCAAAUGAUAUGGAAUUCACAGACUGUGAUGGAUAGUUGGUUAGAGAAUGCUGCCAAUGGUCUGAUGGGAAAGCAGCUCCCUAAAUGGUCUCCUAUCAAUAGGGUUGCUUAUACUGAUAGGCUCUCUGCGAGGUUUGAAAGAGAGGGAGUUAAACUUGACAAUGCAACAACUAUAGCAACGUUUGAUCCAAAUGAGAAAACCUACAACAUUAAUGGAAAGGAUGUGCAAGGACACUUCAUCGGUUUCUUAACAAGUGUCAAUGAGAAAGUUAGGAAGAAAACAAAGUUCGUCUUUCAAUUUCUUAACGCAAGUGAUGUCGAACCAACAACAAUGCAACCGUAUGGCACCAUUGUGAAAGAUCUUGCGGCAAUCAAGUCAUAUGCAUCUGGCAUAAUAGUGCCGAAAGAAUACAUAUGGCCAGUUAAACCAGACAAUUACUUGGGGCCUCUCACAACCCUAGUAUCUGAUGCACAUAAACAAGGACUGGAAGUGUAUGCUUCUAGUUUUGCGAAUGAUUUCUUUUCAAGCUAUGAUUAUAACUAUGAUCCUACUGCUGAGUACCUACAAUUUAUAGCGAAAGACGAAUGUGUUGAUGGUCUUGUUACUGAUUUUCCUUCAACCGCAUCAAAUUCUAUAGCAUGCUUUGCACUCAACAAUACACUGCCGAAAAAAGGACAACCUUUGAUCAUUAGCAAUAACGGAGCAAGUGGCGUUUAUCUAGGUUCUACCAAUCUUGCUUAUCAACAAGCAAUAGACGACGAAGCUGACAUUAUAGAUUGCUCGGUUCAAAUGACAAAAGAUGGAAUUUCAUUCUGCUCAAAUACAGUAGACCUAAUGGCAGAUACAACUGCUAUGACUAAAUUCAUGUCACGGACUUCCAAUGUUCCAGAAAUUCAACCAAAUAGUGGAAUUUUCUCCUUCGAUCUCAAAGAACCUGGAUCAAACAUUUAUGUGAAGAACAUUGAUGAUAGUGUUAGUGACGAAGAACUAAAGAGUCAGUUUGUGCAAAUCAACAAAGAGAAUCGCAAGCAGCUUCCUUAUCAAAUUACAGGCAUGGUUAAACCAUCCAAGCUUUUAACAUGCUUCCAGUGGGGUGCCUUGAUGGUGGCAGGACGCAUGUUUCACGGAAAACCACUGUAUGUUGCUUUUGCUCAGAGGAAAGAUGUUAGGCAAAGCCUAUUGCAGCUCCAGCAUUCACACUGGUGUUGUUUAUCAUCACCCUAA